GAGGAGGAGUUGGAGAUUCUGGGCCCCUUCCCAGCACCUACACCUUCCUGGCUAUGUACCUCAGCUCCACCUCUCCAUGACAACUCCUCCCCUCCAUAAAUGCCACAAGGAGAAAAAGUCAACUUCUUCCAUCAUCCGGAGCAUCUCUGUCCCGGAGGAGCUGUGACCACGAAGAACGAGGGAUUCUGAAUGAACCUCAAGGGAUGCCUGGGAUGUUAGCGUUCCCAUAUCAACCAUCAAUAAAAAAAAUUAGAGCAGCAAUGGAAAACAAAAUUAUACAAAAAACAUGUUCUAGUCAACAUUUUGAGGAGCUGUUGACUUGUUCCGGCGCAUUUUCGUAUACUCUAGAGAUGGGUGUUGCACGUUAACACAAUUUAAAGUGACUGGUUGUAUAACUUUGAGCAUUUGUUUAAAAAGGACCCGUGAGUAUUAUUUUUUGUGUGUUGGCUGUGAGGCUUAGAGCAGAACCUUUAACACUGAGCAGCUGGUGGAGUAAUUGAGUUGUCCAGAACUGAAAUGGUGAAGAAAAAGAGAAAUUCUGGCGACAGUGUAACUUCUAUUCCCCAUUCCCCAAAACUGAAGGCCCUUCAACACGGGUCGACCGCUGCCAGGAUGUUGAGAACUGUCGCAGCACCAGGGUCCUGGAUGGUGAUGUCAUGGCCGCUGAGACCCCGGCCACCCUUGAUCAGCGAAGCCCUGACAGCUCGGAGGUGUCUCGCUCCACCAGCAAUAUGAACCGCCAGCUGUCUAAUAUGGAAACUGGGAGACCUGGAUCUCCUCAAGUGGACAUGAGGCCCAUUGAGUUGUGUGCCCUGGGCUCCAGAAAGGUGACAGUGCAACCCUCUGUUCUGCGUAAGCCUUACGCACUGGUGGAUGGUGGCUUCCAGAAGCUGGAGCCUCAGCUAUACUCAGUGGGGUGCAAAGAGGGGACUGGCAGUGGGGCCGGGGGAGGUGGUGAUGAAGAUGUGGACAUCCUGACGGACGAGGAGCUGCUGCUGCGGUUCCAGCUGGGGCGCCUGCAUUUUGGAGCGCAGUACGACCUCGUCCACAACCACCUGAGCGUGCGUGUCAUUGAGGCCCGCGAUCUGCCGCCUCCACGGCAGGACACAACGCACUGCAACCCUUACGUGAAGACAUGCCUGCUACCUGACCACAAGAACUCACGGCAGACGGGCGUACAGCGCAAGACGCAGGACCCCGUCUUUGAGGAAAGCUUCACCUUCGAGCUGCCCUUCCUGGAGACACAGCGACGCACCCUCCUGCUGUCUGUCGUCGACUUUGACAAGCUUUCCCGCCACUGCGUCAUCGGCAAAGUGGUCGUGCCACUUGGGCAGGUCGACUUGGUCAAAGGUGGUCACUGGUGGAAGCCGCUGGUGCCCAGCUCCCAGAACGAGGUGGAGCUGGGUGAGCUGCUGGUGUCCCUCAACUACCUGCCCAGCGCUGGGAGGCUCAACGUUGACAUCAUUCGCGCCAAGCAGCUCCUGCAGACCGACAUGUGUCAGGGUUCAGAUCCCUUUGUCAAAGUUCAGUUGGUGAUGGGUCUGAAGCUGGUGAAGACCAAGAAAACAUCGUGCAAGAGAGGCACCAUCGACCCUGCCUACAACGAGUCCUUCAGCUUUCGGGUCGCCGAGGAGGACCUUGGCGAAGUCAGCCUGGUGUUCACAGUUUAUGGCCACAACAUGAAAAGCAGCAAUGAUUUUGUGGGCCGCGUCGUGAUUGGUCGGUUUUCCACCGGCGCCCCGGAAACGAGCCACUGGCGUCGCCUGCUGCGCUCCCCACGCACCCCCGUGGAGCAGUGGCACAGCCUGCGGUCCCGCGACGACUGCGACCGCGUGUCCCUUGCCUCCCUGGAGGUAACGUGAUGUCCGGAGUAGGCAGGGCUUGGCGUGGGACGCAAGCCAAGGUACAAAGUGGUGGGCGGAGCCAUUGUAUAGAACACCUCUGUGUGUUUGCUUUUCCUGUGCGAUGAAACCCAAGCAGAUGAAACCAUAGAGAAUUUAUUUUCUGAGACACACUCCCUCAGCUUCCCGCUGAGCGGCAGUAGUAAACGCAACCUAAGUCGCUGAUCACGCUGAAGACACGCACGUGUGUUGUGUCAUGUAUGUCGCACCAGUCUGAAUGUGUCACAUGCUUCCGCCGAGCAGGUGCCGUUUGACUGCAAUGCAUCUGUCGAUCACAGUGACCCUUGUUACACCGAAGCCUCCCUUUGUACCCGCGUGU